AUGACGGUGUAUUCUCAGCGAAUCAUGAUAAGCAAUGAAAUUAUGACUGUGAUUUGGUGCCACAUGCGUGUUGUACUGAUGACCUGUAAGAAUGAUGAAAAAUUGCACGGGAAAUUUGGCAUUGUUAUAACUCCACUUCUGCUUUUGCUUUUUCUUGGAUCAUCCUCCUCUGUGCCUUUUACAUCCAUAUUCUCGCAGCUGUUUAUGACUGUUGUAGUCCCUCUUAUUAUUGGACAGAUUGUCCGAAGAUACAUCAAGGACUGGCUUGAGAGGAAGAAGCCUCCAUUUGGUGCUAUCAGCAGCUGUGUGCUCCUCAUGAUCAUCUACACAACCUUCUGCGAUACUUUUGCCAAUCCAAAUAUUGACCUGGAUAAAUUUAGCUUGAUUAUAAUCGUGUUCAUAAUAUUUUCUGUUCAGAUGAGCUUCAUGUUUUUGACUUUCCUCUUCUCCACAAGGAACAGCUCCACUUUCACACCAGCAGACACAGUGGCUAUCGUUUUCUGUUCCACACAUAAAUCCCUCACCCUGGGGAUUCCCAUGCUGAAGAUAGUAUUUGCAGGUUAUGAACACCUGUCCUUAAUUUCUGUCCCCUUGCUCAUCUAUCAUCCUGCUCAGAUCCUUCUUGGCAGUCUGUUGGUACCAACGAUAAAAUCCUGGAUGCUUUCUAGGCAAAAGGCACUGAAAUUAACCAGGCAGCCCAAAGCACCCGUGAAGGUAUAAUUGUGGAGAUGGCCUGUGUCACAGUGAAUGUAUAUAUGUACUAUACUGUACACACGGACAAUUGACACAGCUGGGUUUUGUGAAUGUUGCUUCAGUGCAUAUUUUAUUUUUUUAUAUAUAUCUAUCUAUCUAUAUAUAUAUAUAUAUUAAAAGAUACCUGUUAAGUGCCUUACAGAUGCAUUUUUGGCAAAAGCAUUGUUUUCAGAAGCCACUUUGUUGGUUGCUGCCAGAGGUUGUACAGUAUUUUGGAGUCCUUUAGUUUAUUUUUCUAACCGAGUGAAUGGUCAUGACUGACAGCUGGUUCUUCCAUUGCCCCUGCUUUAGAGCCAGGGUGCAGCAGCUGCAAGUCUCUGUUUUAAACUAGCCAAAAUGACCAGAAGCCUAUCCCACUGCUGGCUUACCCGGGGGAAGAGCUUUCUGAAGGUUUUUUCUGAGAUUGACUUGAAUUUCUGUGUGACUCUGUUACACUCCCUAGUCAUAUGACUGUGACAUGCCUUUUUCUUCUGAGUUUGUGUAUACUCAGCAUGGGGCCAUCCAAUGGAUAGAAGCUGAAAAGCAUGAAUUAUUUGCAUUUGUUGACACAGUUGUCUAGACAUUCCUUCAAAGUUAAUGGUUUCUCAAGAAAAUUCUUUCAAUUCCAUUGUAUGAUAUUGUGCCAUUGUAUAUCUUAAAUGCCUCAUAAGCUUCUUCAAAGAAAUGGUCUGGUGCUUGGGUUAUGAGUGAAGUAUUUGUGUUUGCAGCUAGGAGAUCUUUUCAUCAUUUGCCCCUGAAGAACACAAAUUUUUGGUUUUCUUUUUUUCUUUUCCUUCCCCCUGUGCGAUGCAUGGAGAAUUUAGGAUGCUGAAACAGAGCCUUUAUUGUAGUAAGCCAAGCUAUGUUUUCUCUAUUGCUGCAUUGGUAAUGAAUAGUAGCUUAUGAGGACAAGAAAAUUGAUAAUUUUUUUUUUUUUUGCGAAUUAAAAGGAUCCUUAUAGUAACAGAAACGCUAUCUUAGCUUAUUUGACAAUCAAUCACAACUUUUUAAAAAAAUAAUAUUACUCUUUCUAAUAAACUUAUAUAAAAAAGGAAUUCUAAAUGCUAUUUCUAGGCAUUGAAGAGAAAGGAAUGCAGGCAUAUAUUUAAACAUGCAGCCAGCACUAAAUUUUGUUUGGGAGGUGAAGGUUUCAGAAACGUGCUCUAGUCCAGACUGGGAAGUGUGCCCAUCUGCAAGAACGGUGCUGGCAAUUGUGCAUUAAAAUAUUAAGUAAGGAAAGGAAUAGGUCAAUGUGGGAUCAAUAUAAAUGCAGGGCUUCCAUGUGUGUCAUGGUUAACAUUGCAGCUAAAGGUGUGGCUGAGUGCAAACAUCUCAGAGCAAGUCUUUAGCAAAUGUAGAUUAUUGGAGCUCUGGUAAGGCUGUAAGCCUUUGCACAAGCUGAAGAUCUUCUAUGUGACAAUAAGCAUGUGAAAUUCGUAUCCUUUUGCCUUAUUAAGACAAAAAUGUGCUUGGUUUACCUGGUCUGUUACUUCCAGUCCUGUGAACAACAGGAAAAAGUAAUCUGGUACCAAUCCUCGGUGCUUUACCUGAUGGCCACUCCCUGUUGCCAUCUAUAUGAGAAACUAUGGGAGCUGACAGCAUCACCCUGCUCAGAACUGGCACACCAAUAAAGGGACCAUGUGACAAAGGUAUGGGAGGUGGCACAUGCUGAAUUCUUUCCUGCCCUGGAGGGGGAUCAAGCUCUCCCUGCCGAGUAGGUGAGGAGGCUGAGGGACACUGUCCGCUGCCCAUGUCCCCAGGGCUCUGCUCUCUUCCCACUGGGCAGUGAGCUCACAGUUUGAUCAGUGCAUCCCUAGAUAGCACAGGCAAAUCCACCAACAGGCCUGCAAGGAACUGGAGAGUUCCUGGGCCAAAUUCAAGUUUCCACUACCUUAAGCAUUCUAAGUGGUAACUGGUUCCAUAUGGGAAAAAAAAUCCUCUGGGUUUAAAAGCCCUGCUUGCAGCAGAGGACUGCUACCAAACUCAGGACAGUUUCUUUUUGUUCUGCUUCCAUAAACCUGAAUUUCCAGAGACUAUAGAGACUUUAUUCCCAAUUCCACUGAUAUUGAUGACUCUUUCUGUUGGUUUUGAAUGGUGAGACAACAGGCCCAGAGGCAGUGUUCCAUUUUUAAAACAUAUAGCAAGAGUUCAAGCAGACAGUAGCUGACUGUGGUUGUGUCAAUGCUAAAUAGUCAGAACACUGCAAGUACCCUUACUGAGCUACCUCUGUGUACUGAAUCUCUGCCUUUCAGUACUUCCAACAACUUAGAUUCCAUUGAACACAUCCUUUGUUUUUUGGGGUUUUUUUCACAUUUAAGAAUAUUUCAAACUGGUUUACAAUGUAGUUUUGUUAGAGUCUUUACAAAGUCCUUGUUGAUUACUUUGGGGCAGCUUAAAUAUUGUGUAUGAGUGUUGGAGGUGUUGGUCUAAAGGGAAUAUCAAGCUAAACUGAAAUACGUAUUUUAAAUCCAUACUUAAUGAAACUGAAUUGUGUACACCAAUUCUGUCAAGACUGUUAAGAUGUUUGUUUUAUGACUUGUUAUAUGUCUUUAAUAAACAAUGGUUUUGAAUU